GAAACAUAAGAAAACGUUUAGUAUAAAAAAAUAAAACAGAAAUAAAUUUUUACCAAGAUGACAUCGUAUAUUGAGCUGUGCGGUUUGAUUGUAUUGCUAAUGUUGCCAUUUCUAUAUGAAACCAGUCAUAUAUUCCGUUAUUAUUUUAAAUUUUUAAUCUAUUACGGUCUCGUGUCAUUUAAUUCCAUCGUCUUGAUACCGGCAUUUAUGUGUCGGCCCUGUGAUGUGCGCAAUUUACUUUGGGCCAGUACCUUUUGUCAUCGAAUAACAACUCUAAUUGGUUUGAGAUGGGAGCUAAGAGGCAAAGAGCAUUUAGAAAAGGAUCGAGCCUGUAUAAUCGUGGCAAAUCAUCAAUCGUCAUUGGAUGUUUUAGGCAUGUUUAACAUUUGGCAUGUUAUGGACAAGUGCACGGUGGUGGCUAAACGUGAACUGUUUUAUGCCUGGCCCUUUGGUUUGGCCGCCUGGUUGGCUGGUCUCAUAUUCAUUGAUCGUGUGCGCGGCGAAAAGGCACGUGACACCCUGAACCAAGUCAAUAGUAAAAUAAAGAAACAGAAAAUCAAACUCUGGGUAUUUCCCGAAGGCACACGACGCAAUACCGGCGAUAUACAUUCGUUUAAAAAGGGAGCCUUUCACAUGGCCAUCGAUGAGCAGAUACCCAUAUUACCGGUGGUCUUUAGCUCGUACUGUAGCUUUUUGAAUGACAAAAAGAAAAUCCUAAAUGCGGGCAAUAUUAUUUUGACCACUUUGCCGCCAAUAACAACCGAAGGUUUAACCAAAGACGAUUUGCCCGAGCUAAUGGAAAAAGUGCACAAAGUAAUGCAGGAGACUUUUAAGCAGACCUCAAAUGAGGUGCUGCAACGUUAUGCGGCAAAUGCCAUGACAAAACCUAAGAAAACGGCCCUAGAGACAACAGCCGAAAAUCAAACAAUAGCUAAUGCCACACCGCUGCUGUCGGUUGGCAACAAAGUUUUAACAUCUAAGGACACAAAUUCAUCGUUAAAUUGUGAUUAUAGUUUGAAAACUACACAUAAUUCCACAAGUUCAACAAGUCAGGCUGAAGAUAUUGUAAAUAAUACAGGAGCAACAACAACAACGACAUUAGCUAAUGAAGAGGCGGUAAACGAUUUUAAGGAUCCGGUAAUAACAAAGACUCGAGCUUUAGUGCAUUAGAAAUUCAAACUUACACAAGUUACUUUAAUUAACUAAAUUAAGCUACACCGGGGACAGAGAAAACUGGACAUUUAUAUAUAAAAUAGGGCCAUAACUACUGGGAUUUGAGACUAAGAACCCUAGAUUUGAUAAUAACAAACAUU